AUGUCCACUGAUUCCACUGUUAAGGCCUCCAACUGGAGAUUGGUCGAAGUUGGCCGUGUCGUUUUGAUUAAGAAAGGUCCAUCCGCUGGUAAAUUAGCUACCAUUGUUGAAAUCAUUGAUCACAAACGUGCUUUGAUUGAUGGUCCAGAAACCGGUGUUUCAAGACAAGCUAUCACAUUGGGUCACGUUACUUUGACUCCAUUAACCUUUUCUAUCCCAAGAGGUGCUAAAACCGCCGUCGUUGCUAAGAAGUGGGCUGCUGCUGGUGUUUCUGCCAAGUGGGCUUCCUCUUCUUGGGCUAAGAAGAUUGCUCAACGUGAAAGACGUGCUGCUUUGACCGACUUUGAGAGAUUCCAAGUUUUGGUUUUGAGAAAGCAAAGAAGAUAUGCUGUCAAGAAGGCUGUUGCCAAGGCUUAA